UGGGUAGGUUCUAUCAUCUUGCAGUGGACCCUGUUUCACUUGCACAUAUGAAUAUCAAGAUUUAGCAGUAACAGUUGCGCAUGUAUGUCUUCUUCACAUCUAUAAUUCAGAGCUCAUAGUUGUCGAUUAUCAAAUAUGGAGAAUUCUCAUCAAGUGUCGGACCACCUGGAGCCGUGGCGCCACCUCCACGGUAAGGUUGUCAUGGUCACCGGCGCUUCCUCUGGUCUCGGCCGCGACUUUUGCUUAGACUUGGCUAAAGCCGGAUGCAGAAUCGUAGCCGCCGCUCGCCGCAUCGACCGCCUUCAGUCCGUUUGCGAUCAAAUCAACCAGCUCCAUUACCGCUCCGUCUUUUCUUCUUCUGCUGUUGCUGAUAAUAUUCCUGGAGGUGGCCCGCGGGCCGUGGCUGUUGAGCUGGAUGUCAGCGCCGAUGGCCCAGCUAUUGAGAAGUCUGUGAACAAGGCUUGGGACGCGUUUGGGCGCAUCGAUGCCCUUGUUAACAAUGCCGGUAUUAGAGGUAAUGUGAAUUCUGCAUUGGAAUUGUCUGAGGAGGAAUGGAAUCAUGUUUUCAGGACAAAUUUAACGGGUUCCUGGUUGGUUUCAAAGUUUGUUGCUAUACGCAUGCGAGAUGCUGAUCAGGGAGGAUCAAUCGUCAAUAUAUCUUCCAUUGCUGGUAUUAAUCGUGGACAUUUGCCUGGAGGUACAGCAUACAUUUGUUCAAAGGCUGGCGUAAACACCUUAACAAAGACUAUGGCUAUGGAGUUGGGGGUGCACAAAAUCAGAGUGAACGCAAUAUCACCUGGACUUUUCAGGUCGGAAAUUACGGAGGGUCUUAUGCAAAAAAAAUGGAUACCCAAUGUGGCUAUGAAAAUUGUCCCUUUACGAACAUAUGGGACUUCGGAUCCAGCAUUGACAUCGCUACUUAGAUAUUUGGUACAUGACUCUUCUGAAUAUGUGUCUGGCAACAUUUACAUUGUUGAUGCAGGAACCACCUUGCCAGGUGUUCCUAUUUUCUCUUCCCUCUGAAGUUUUAUGUAGAUUUGUACUCAUGAGGAACAGAAAAGAGUAGAGAAAUAAAUAAACGUACGAUGAAUACGUAAGGAAGCCCCUGACAAGUUCAAGAUUUAUGAAUAAUAGAAGACAUGAAGAAGAGUGAAGGAUGGCGGACGGAUGUGGAAGAAAUGUAUACUACGAAAUGGUACACUGCAUCGAAACUAAAAAUCAAAAUUGAGAAUUUGGCUACGGUUAUAUGUUGUAAUGACAUCCAAUGACCAUAUCUACAACUGUCAAUAGUAUGAUUAUAUUAAGUAUUUCAAUGUACCUUGCAGAUUCCACCAAAUAUACACAUUUGGAGCAAAAUAAGGAAGGAUUUCCUUUCGAUGUA